GAGAGAAUCUAGGCUAGGAUCCAAGGCUAGGACACAGACAUUUGUCGUAGAUUUUGAUGGAAAACUGUUUCAUUUAAGAAAAAGUACAGUUGGAUGGUGUUGAAAAUGAAAAAGUCUUUCCCACUGUUUGUAAAUAGUGUGUGUCGCCCUGCGACCUUGAAUUUUUUUAUUCGUGCAUUCUGCUUGUUUAUCUUUGGACUUUUAAUUUCCUGUGUUCUAAAUGUCAUGUUAAUUUUGCCUGAACUUCGACGUAAAGUUGUGUUUGAACGCGAGCUUGUUGAGCGCUUGUAUUCAACGCUAUGGUGGUUUGCACCUUCUUGUGGUCUAGCAUCAUCAAUAGUUGGAAUGAUGUAUCCCUGUACGGACAUGAGAUUUGGUCAGCCUCAUCAUCUCAGAAAUGAAUGGUCAAGCGUUGUGCGCUGUGAAGUUUUAUUUUUUGGGAUAAUCCAUGCUGCUGUCAAAUUAAGAUUUAAAAGUGAAUUACACUUGUUUGUCACUGCUGCUGUUUUCUCCAUUUUUCUUUGGUGGUAUUUUGAUCGAUCAACAAAUGGCUUUGGUCUGGCUUUCCUUGUUUCAGUAUUUUCUACAAUUAGUGUUUGGCAUCUUGGUUCUUACAGUUUAUUUAGUUUAUUUUUUAGAAAGAAAAUAGCAUUUGUGAACCAGUUAUGGGUUCCAUGUUUGUUCUUUUCUGCAGUUAUUGCCAUUGGCAAGAUUGGACGUCAGUUGGCAAUGCUUGAGUACGUACCUGCCAAAGUCAAGCUUCAUACAGAUUAGGACUGUAAAAUAUUAUGUUAUUGUGGUAUUGUCACACAUACACGUACAUUUCAAUACUUAUUUGCAUUGAUGCAUAAGUCUAAUCAUCACUUUGAAAAAGUGAAAACAUUCAUUACUGCAUUUGAGAUUUCCACCUUCUCUAUUUUGAAAACAUGCGGUUGCAGGUCCAACGAUAGUCUAAAUAAAUUAUAACUGCCAAGUUUGCUCAAUGUCAACAAAGCUAUUGGUAAAGAAUUUCUAUGGAAUAAAACUUUACCAAUCAAGUUGCCUUGGAGCAAGAAUGAGUGGCAACUAUUUAUUUUGACUUAACUAAGAUCUGCCACUGAGCAUAUCUGAGACUUGUGGCAUGUUUUGGCAAACGUUUUGUAGAGCUUAAUGCGCACAAGUUAUGUUAUGCAAAUUUGUUCUAUUUGGAGGAAGAUUCAUAUGAAAGUUACAAAUGAUAUACGCUGAAGACCAUCAGUGAAGACGUAGUGAUCUUCAGAAAGAAAAUGGUGAAUGAUAGCUGGGCUAUUGUUUACUAAUUACUUCGCUAAUUACCUCGCUAAUUAGUAUAGGUAUCGUAAUAGUUCCAUGUGCAAUAACCAAUAGACUUAUGUACAACUUUUUAGAGAACUGCAGUCUGCGAAAUAGUGUUUUUUCAUUGCUUAAAAAACUUGUAAAUGCAUGUCAGAAACAACACUAGUACUUGUAAAUAAUUUGACUUGAGGUAUUUGAAAAUGUCGUCUACUUUU